GGGGCUUGCAAAGGAGGCGGACCUAAUGCGACCCCCACGGUAGAGCUCCAGGAGCUUUCACAAUGCCGAACAUUUCCCGAAGCGCAUUUUGGAGCAGCUGUGUCAGAAGCCGAAUGUGCGUAAAUACACACUAAUGCAGAUAACCAUCAGCUUCACUGAGACUCCGAGGGAAAAAAAAUAGAAAACACGGAAGGAGAAAGAAAAUCAUCAGUAGGAGCCAGUUUGUUUCCACUCAUCAGAGGAAUUAACUCGAAAGCUUCGUGACAAGAACCUGAGAUACUGAGUGACUUUAAAGGAUCGUCUCCACAAGCCAAAAAAGAAUCUGUUACAAUUUGGAUGAUGGAAACUUCACAGUCAGAGGUGAACAUUUUACCAAACGGCAAAAGUCAUGACCUCGGAGAUGAUGUGCCAAUGAAGACACUGCUAGAGGAGGAUCAAAAUGGCACUCAAACAGUCAGAUUUGAUGAUCCUGAUGGAGCACUGGAGAAUGAGGAAUUUUUGCCCAGUGCAGAUGGAAAGAAACCUAUACGCUUCACAGAUUUUGAAGGAAAGACUUCUUUUGGCAUGUCUGUCUUCAAUCUGGGCAAUGCUAUAAUGGGCAGUGGAAUCCUGGGAUUGGCUUAUGCCAUGGCCAACACUGGCAUACUCCUCUUCUUGUUUCUUCUAACCGCAGUAGCAGCCUUGUCGUCUUAUUCCAUUCAUCUGCUGCUCAAAUCCUCUGGCAUUGUGGGAAUUCGAGCUUAUGAACAGCUGGGGUACAGGGCCUUUGGCACUCCUGGAAAAAUGGCUGCUGGCAUAGCAAUAACCCUGCAGAAUAUUGGAGCCAUGUCCAGCUACCUGUACAUUGUUAAGUCUGAGUUACCGUUGGUUAUCCAAGCUUUCCUGAAGACGGAUCCCAACUCUGAGCUUGAAUGGUACUUGAAUGGAAACUACCUGGUCAUUUUGGUUUCUGCCAGUAUCAUCCUUCCCUUGGCUUUAAUGAAACAGCUCGGUUACCUUGGCUAUACCAGUGGGUUUUCUCUCAGCUGCAUGGUGUUUUUUCUCACUGCUGUUAUCUAUAAGAAGUUUCAGAUUACCUGCCCAUUCGAGGAGUUCUCAGCCAACAGCACUGCUGCUCUCGUCAGCCCGAAUGUUUCAAACCAUGGGCAUGAGUACAGCAAUGGUCUGGUCCACGAGGACGAUGACUCUCACUGCUCCACACGCAUGUUCACCAUCAACUCACAGACAGCAUACACCAUUCCUAUCCUUGCUUUUGCCUUCGUUUGCCACCCUGAGGUGCUUCCCAUCUACACUGAGCUCCGCAAUCCAUCGAAGAAGAAGAUGCAGCAGGUGUCCAACAUCUCCAUCUUUGUCAUGUACACCAUGUACUUUCUGGCAGCUCUCUUUGGCUACCUGACCUUUAAAGACAAUGUGGAGGCUGAACUGCUGCACACGUACAGCCGGAUUGACCCUUACGAUACUUUGAUCCUGUGUGUGCGACUGGCCGUCCUCACAGCUGUAACACUGACUGUCCCGAUUGUUUUGUUCCCUGUGCGUAGAGCCAUCCAGCAGAUGCUGUUCCCCACCAAAGCUUUCAACUGGUUGCGUCACAUCGCCAUUGCUCUCAUUCUGCUCACAUUCAUCAACAUGCUCGUGAUAUUUGCUCCCAACAUCCUGGGGAUUUUCGGCAUCAUUGGUGCCACGUCAGCUCCCUGCCUCAUUUUCAUCUUCCCUGCUGUCUUUUACAUCCGCAUUGUUCCCAAAGAUGACGAACCCAUGAACUCUACUCCUAAGAUACUGGCUGCCUGUUUUGCUGCUUUGGGUGUCUCCUUCAUGGUGAUGAGUAUGAGUUUCAUAAUCAUCGACUGGACAACAGGGGGUGGCCCUGCUGCAGGAGGCCACUAGAUGCUGCUUCAGUGUUUGUGUGUGUGUGUGUGUGUGUGUGUGUGUGUGUGUGCAGCACAGGGCCUAGGGCCUAUAACAGUAUAAAUAUACAGGAGAGUGAGUUGGUUGGAAGCACACUGAUAUUGAUCAAGUUAAUUAUCUUUUUGACCAUAAUGUAACAACAUAAUGUAAUGUAACACAUAUCCGAACAAAAUCCUAUCAUAACGAUGUUCUGUAAUCCACUUUAACGUAGUGCAAUAGUAAUGCAAUAUUUGUGAAUAAUCAGGACCGAACAAGGUCACUAUUUUGUUGCCAUCUGUUAGUACGACGAAGUCCAUCCAUGACAGUGAAAUGGUCCUUUUCUCGUUGCUUCCUCUUUAUUUACACACAAACAGCUGCAGCUGGUACUGUACAGAAAAAAGAAGGCUUUAGAGAUAUACAUGACAAAUGCUGAAAUAACUCAAAUAAGUUAUUUGUACACAAAUAUUAAUUUAAUAUUCUGAAGCAACAGCACUCUGAACUGUUCAUCAUAGUGUAAUAUAAGGCAAAAGACUUUAAGGCCUUAGAAUGCAAGCUGUUAUGUAGAGCAUCAUACGGUCUAAGCUGUUGUUCCAGAAAAGCUACAUUUCUUCAGAAAUCCUGGUGCCUUUUAGUAUUUGGAACAGCACACAAAUAUACAGUAAAGAUGGGAGUGUAUAUUUAUUUAGCUACUGUAGCUGUGUUUUUAAUUCCUAAUGGACUAUAUUUAACUACUGUAUAUGGUUAAGCUAAUGAUCCGAAUACAUUAUAUAUGGUAUCCAUUUUUGCUUUAGCUUACAUUGUAUGGAUGAAGGAGGGUGUUAUGACUGAUAAAACGUGUUUGUCUAGCUCAUUCAUCUCUCAAAUUCUUGAAGUCCCCUUUAAGUUUCUUAUUCAUUCUUUCACAAAUUCAGAAAUCACUUGUUCCACACUCUAUGCUAUCACAUAUUCUGUAUCUACUCGUACACUUAAUGCUUAUUUGAGGUUUUACGAUGCCCACAGUAAAAAUUCAGACCCAACAUGCCAAUGUUGUUCAAGGCUGCUCUAGAAACAGAAAGUGUAGGGAAUAAUUAGACAUUUUAUUCACUUUCUUGCUGAGCAUUAGAUGGGAUAUCUGUGUGUAAUGUAGAACUACAGCUAGGAGAUGGUCAGCUUAGUGUAAAGACUGCAAGCAGAGUUUGCUGGUUAAAAAAAACAAAACAAAACAUCACCACCUCCCAAGCUCAUUAAUUAACACUCUAUAUCUUGUUUCCUGUGAUCUCGCUACCAGCAGAGGCUCAACUUUCAUCUAGUAAGUGAGAAAAUAUGAUAUAUAUCCAGACAGUUUUUGUUUCCCAGGUUUUGAAAUGCACCAUAUGGAGAAUGAACAGCAUAUGUGCAGACCUAAGCAAUGGACACAUAUCACAGCCUGUUCAGAUGAAACUAAAAACUAUCUUGGCCACAUACAACUAUUGAUAAGUUAGGUUUACUUAUUUAAUCAUUUGAGUGAGCCCACCCGAGCUCUGUGGGUUUGAACAAAGCCUAGCCAACAUGAAUUUGUAAAAAUGAACCCACUGGUGUGUCUGGCAGAGUUUAAUAAGAUAAUGUUUUUAUCAAUUGGAAGAUGUAUCACACUGUUUUGAUUCUGUCCUAAUGUCUUUGCUAUACUGGUUUAUCACAUUUUAAUCUGCUCUCACCCUUGGUUACUAUUUAGACUUGAGGUUAAUGUUUUGCAUGCUGUUAUGUCCUGUCUGUCCUGCAGUCAGUGUUGUGAGGUGCACAGUAACAGAUUCUCCUUCAGCCACUCGCAUACAUAGAUGUUAUUGUAAUACUGUACAUUCGACAUCUUAUAGUGAAGUGUAUUGAAGUACCAUUCGGUGCUAUAGGUAUCGUGGUGUUCUAUUAGUAUUAUGAAGCCCUUAUGAAAAGAUGCUUUAUGAAUUAAUGUUUCAGACAUUACUGUUGUGAUAUUCUGUCAGUGAUGGCACAUUCAUUUUGAGCUUAAUUUAGGGAUGUGGGUGGGUAUAUUCAUUAGUACUUCAGGUAAAUUUGGUCUCCCUUAAUAGCACUGACAAACUGCAUAUAAGCACAUUUUUUUUAUUGAUUAUAGGAGAAUUUCUUUAUAUGAAAAUAGAGAUAGCAAAUGAACAAGUUUAAAAACAGCACAAAAUACUUCUUAUAUGCUGCUGCUCUUACCCAAAGAUGGUUUUCACAACUCUCAGGCUUCGGAAAAGUCCCGUGUAAAUCAUAAUUUCUCUCACUUUAUUUAUAUAUUACUCUACUUUGUUUACUAUAGUUUUGUUUAGCAGUUUUGAUUCUUGAUUUUUACAGCUAAAUGAUGAACAACAGCAGAGGAAAUAUUUAGUGCAUGUAUUCACCUCUGUCCCUUGCUUUUCCACGUGUAUUUGCAGUGGUUGUUGUAAAUGAAGGUCUUGUUUUGUCACAACUUUUCCCCACUUUAAGGGAUCAUGCCAAAAUAACAACUGACUACCUACUGCUUUGAAAUGCCUUUAGCUCGUAAACCGGUGCCACAGUUUUAACUUUCAGACGCAGUGUAUCAAUUAUGCAUUUUUCAUGUACCUGAACAAAUCUAUUUGAUAUUUUACUAUAGCUGUUGUUCAAGACCUAAAUCUAUGGAAAUGACACAACUAUAAAAUAAGGUAUAUGGAUUUUGGAUUUUGAUGAAUAAGAUGUGGCUUUAUAUAAAUAAUGUAUAUAAAUGUAAACCUUUUAUAUUUGUGAUGCAUAUUUACAGUAGCUUUUAAAGUGUAUAUAGCAGGGGCAGUUUUAGUUUGGCAAUAAAAUAAUUGUAGAUGUUUUUA